GGCAGAGGAGCCAGGGACCAGGUCAGCGCUGCCCCUCAGGGGGCCCCUGCCUGGCUGGCCAGCACUACCCCUUCCGGCGGGUCCUGUGAUAUUGGCUGUGCUGGGCCAUGGAACUCUGAGGUGCCUGUGCUCAACAGAAUUUCGAGAACCUAACAUUCCAGGUCCCUCCUCGAGCUUCUCCCCCUCCAACCACCAUCCAGCAGGAAAGCUCCCCCGGGGUGGGGGCCCCUUGCAUCAUGAUGCUUAACUCAGACCCCAUGGAGCUGGAUCUGCCUCCCACCCAUUCAGAGACAGAAUCAGGUUUCAGUGACUGUGGGGGAGGUGUGGGUUCAGACAGGACAGGACCUGGAGGUCCUGGGGGAGGCCAGGCCAGGGGUUCUGAGAUGGGGGAGUCUGGUCGGAAGGACCUGCAGCAUCUGAGCCGUGAGGAACGGAGGCGGAGGCGGCGGGCCACGGCCAAGUAUCGCACUGCCCAUGCCACUAGGGAACGUAUCCGAGUGGAGGCCUUCAACCUAGCUUUUGCUGAGCUUAGAAAGCUGCUGCCCACCUUACCCCCUGACAAGAAGCUCUCCAAGAUUGAAAUCUUACGCCUGGCCAUCUGCUAUAUUUCCUACCUGAACCAUGUCCUGGAUGUCUGA